AUGGAACUUUGUCGAGCUCGCGUUGGGUCUUCUUUCUUCCUCCACCUGGAAGCGAGGUUUGGCAGGUCGAAAUUACAGAAUUACGACGGGAUCUUGAUGGGCGGGAUCUUCAAACCGAAGAUGGAUUUUCUAUGGCGACUGGUCAUUCUGUUCGUCAUUGCCUUGCCCAUUGCGUUAAGCGUCGGGUACAAGCAAUUCCAGAUUGGUGGCGAGAGCUCAAACACGAUCAAUGCUACCUCUUCGGAAAUCACUGGUAUGCUGCCUUACUAUGGCAUGUUCGGGCCGCCUGGACUGGAACGACUCGAUGGAAAUACGGGAAUCUCACUCUACUUCAACGCGACUCUGCCAUUCCGCGAAGCGACAAAUGUCUCUCCAUGGGAUACAAAGGAGUCUACUCUCCCUCAAUUCCCUCAUCCAUACGGCUUCAACACUCUCUUGUUGAAUGAACAUACAUCAGCUUUGUUAGACGCCCCUCAGGCCAACCGACUGAAAGCUCUGCAGCAGACACUCCGGGAUGGCGAGUCCGUCACAAUCACAGCCAAUGUUUCUGCGACCGUCACAGCACAUAAUACGUCUGCAUUUCCUGGACACGACGAGAUGCUUGACAUGGCCUGCGGAAACAUCAGCUGGAAAAUGUCUCAGGAAUAUAUGUUCACUUACUACUCCGUAUUUCUCCUGGCCAACGCCAUCGUAGGAGACCAAUCUCACGUCUGGGUUGGAUUCGUUCCAAAUGCAAAAGGAGACAAUCUGCCCGAGAACUGCACUUAUAUCAAGCCUUACAUGAAACGUUUCGACACCACCCGCCAACGCUGUACUGGGAAAUGGUCCAUCACUCGAGGUGGAAUCCAACUUACUUCUGGGUCUUCUUGCAAUGGGACGCUGCUUCCUGCCAGCAAGCAACUGCCAUUGACGAUGAACACGCUCGUCUUUGCAGACUGGUAUACUCCUCAGCUUCACGAAACUCUGGCGCCCUUCGCCACUUCCCGAAACCAAUCACACUGGCUUUAUCCAUCCAUGUCUACCGCCGUUGCCGCAAUGUCUUGGAGUAGGAUCUGCUCUCUCAAUGGUGUCGCCAAUUACCUCAACCAAACUCUCAAUGUCCAGUUCGGCACCAGGCCCGACAACAGCAGCAUCAGUGUCGAAGAAGCUGGUCUGAUGUACAACGUCGCGGACGAGCAGGUCGUGUCGAUCCGUCAGACGCUAAGGAAUGGUCCUCUGUUGUGGUCGAUACUCGCCAUUCAGCCUCUACUAGUGAUCGUAAUGGCAAUCUGUACCGCCUUGAUGCACAGCACGCCCAUCGACACCGGCUUUGGAAUCGUAUCGAUACUGUCGGGAAUCUCACCCCAGAGUCUAGAGUUAGUGCGCGGAGCAGCUCUCUCGGGCGAACUGAAGGAGAAGCUUCGCGUCAGUAUAUUCCCCGUCCAUCGCAAAGGGCAGCCAGAUGCGAUCGAAUACCGACUCCAUCGCGUGGGAGAGAGUGUGCCCGUUGGACGCUUGAGACGGAGAGUUGUAUAUGCGUAA